AUGAGGCGCCAUUACCUUGAUGCAAUGACACUGGUGCAAAAAUAUGGAAAAUCGGACAUUUUCCUUACAAUGACGUGUAAUCCAGCGUGGAAGGAGAUUCAAGAGAAUUUGAAAUACCAUGAAAAACCUCAAGAUCGGCCAGACCUUCUAGCUAGAGUUUUUAGAGCCAAAUUUGAAAUACUUAAAACAGAAAUUCUGAAUAAGCAGAUCUUUGGUGAAGUUGCUGCAUGUGCUUAUGUGAUCGAGUUUCAAAAGGGAGGCUUUCCUCAUGCCCAUUUAUUAUUGAUCUUAAAACCUGGUCAUAAGCUACUUAAUCCGGACUCAUACGAUAAAGUGGUUUGUGCUGAGUUGGCCAACAAAGAUCAAUAUCCUCACUUAUAUGCUCUUGUUGUAAAACAUAUGAUCCAUGGCCCUUGUGGAGACAUGGAUAAAUCUUGCCCUUGCAUGAGAGAUGGAGUCUACAAAAAUUGCUAUCCAAAAAACUUUUGUGCUCAAACGACUCAUGGUGAGGAUACUUAUCCAUAUUAUAAGAGAAGAGAUGAUGGCAAGAGAGUCAGAGUUCGCCGAUUUACUCUUGAUAAUAGGUGGGUUGUCCCUUAUAACCCUUUCCUGCUUGCUUUAUUUGAUUGCCACAUCAAUGUGGAAAUCUGUUGUACUCUUAAGCUCGUGAACUACUUGUAUAAGUAUGUUUUCAAAGGACAUGAUCUGGUGAGCUUUAAGAUUGUUUCUUGUGAAUCAGCUGAUGAUAUUGAUGAAAUAAAAGAUUUCCAGAAAGGUAGAUGGGUUUCGCCUCCAGAAGCUUUUUGGCGUAUUUAUGAAUUUAGGCUCAAUGAAAUGACUCCAGCAGUUUACAUUCUUCAAGUUCACCUUCCAGACCAGCAGUUUGUUUCCUUUGAUAAGAAUUCUGAGUUGUUGCAAUUACUGAGUAAAAUUGAUUUUUCUAAAACAAUGUUAACUCAGUCUUUCCACAUGAACAGAACAAACCAAAAAGCCCAAAACCUGAAAUGCUUCUAUAGAGAAUUCCCUGAACAUUUUGUUUGGUCUACUAAAUAUAAAGAGUGGACUGAAAGAAACGUCAAAAGGUGA